AUGAAAGCACGCGUAAUAACCCCAGAUACCUAUGGACUAAAGAAGAGCCACCACAAGCAAGAAGCAUCUGAAGGCAGCAUCUCAAAGACAAAGGCACAAGCAUACAAAGGGUGGAUUCCCAAAGCAUACUACAAAAUGACCAUACCAGGAAUAGAACAUCUGCAAGCCAAAACCCGCCAAAAAAUCACUUCCAUUCCAACAACACCACCAAUUAGCGGCGCUAUUCCAUUACUAUGGCUUGCAGACUCAGACGGAGCGGUUUUAGGAGUAGACAGACCCGAUGAAAGACCCGAUAGAUUUUUGGUGCUAAUUCGAUCUCCAGCCAAAGACCUUUCUGUACAGUGCUGGGAGGACAAGGUUAAAAGAAGCUCUCUACUCCUGAGUGGGCAUGACGACUCAUAUACCCCGCUUACUUUUCUUUGCGUUUCAACAAUGUACUUUAUAUUGGAUGCUCAGGGAUGUAUACAUGUAUAUUCUAAAUCCGGAGGCUAUAUAAGGAGCUUUUCUUCUGCCACAAAUCCAAUUGUGGGCAUUACGCGUGCUAACGACUCACAGCUUUUGUGCAACAUAAAGCAACCUAUUAUAGCAAUCUCCUACCUACUUGGGGAUGUCGACUUCUUUGUUGUUAAUGAUGAGGGAGAGCUUUCUAUUUAUAACUGCAUCCAGUCUGGUCUCUUUGCGCCCCAUAGGUUGGUGAUCAAACACGGCCAUCUUUUUAUAGCCAACCGUAGCAGUCAAUAUGGGAUAUUUAACAUCAGAACCAGGACAUCCGUGUACUUUGGAGCAACCAUCGCCCCCGUAGUAGAUCUCUGUAUCGCAUCCGAGUCUGGCACAAACAUUGCAUUCUGUCUCUUAACUGAAAACUCUCGAGUAAUAGUUAUAAUACCGCCGAUCACCGUUCUACGGCGAUCUGUACCUUCGAGUGGUGUACCACUAAAAGAUCUACUAAGGGCUACGACACACACCCUUAUAUUUGGCCGAUCUGAAGAGUGCACUCCCACCUCUGUGGCACUUACUUACCAGAACAACCUGAUUACUAUAUUUAUUACUACAGCGGGAGGGCACAUUUACAUGCGACGCUUAGGGGUCACACACGAGAUAGACACCAACGGCAAUCUUUCAACAUUCAAGCUGGAUUCAGAUGCACUCAGUUUUAUUCACGUGACCCGAUCCCUGAGCCCGGAGUCAGAAGCACACUACUCCCAAUUGGUUACAGAUGCACUUUCUCAGCCUCGAGGGUCGGUCGAAAAGGCAGAAGCGGUCCGACAUCUUAUCGAGGCAUCUGCCUGUCAAUCACAAUGUUACGUUAUCGCUGAAGAUAUGGUUCUCUGUUCUGCGCUGGCAGGGAUGUCCGGUUGUGAAGAGCCUCUAAACUCAGUGACAGUUCUGUCUGAGCCUCAAAAGGAUGACAUUUAUUGGGUCUCUGGUGUGAUCACAAGCCCCCAUGGCUUGCUUAUUUGGUUUACCCUGCCUCUUUUAUGGCACAACUUGGGUUAG